UAAAAAACGGUAAAACAGACGUUGGAAAAGCUAAAAAGUUUCAAGAAUUCUCUCUACUUGUAUUAAAGUGAAAAUUGAAAGAAAAUAUUUUUAUUUAAAAAGUAAAAACUGCAUAUAUGAAAACGCAACUGUUGUAAAUUAAAAAAGACGGAAAAUAGUUAUUGGGUUAGCAUUGGCUAACAAAAAGCAACAGAGAGCAGCAGUGUGCGCUGCGCCUUGGCUGGUUGGCACUUAUUUUUUACCAGGCAAAUUGUGAAACUCCGCAGUGGCAUUGCGAUUCAUGUUAAUUAAAACAAAAAUACGAAAGGUUGAUUAAUUACGAUUUGAAUCAGCGUAGAAUUGCUAUACACAUUGUGCAAAAUUGUGGAUGAAUAUCGCGUGAAAAUCGGUGAGCUAAAAACAAUAAAGUGAUUAGCACGGACAAGUGAGAGGUAAACGGAGAUGCCCUUCUAUGGACUGUACGUGCCCGGAAAGGAAGCCGAUGUUCCAUAUGUGUUUAGUGGCAAAAGCGAGGCGCUGGAUGUGCUGAAACUGCACAAAGAGGCUCGUCUCCGUGAAUUCAAUAAUGAAAGUGAUGCGUUCAAAUUCGCCCAAACCGGUCAUGAGGUGGUGGCGCCUCCGCGUCACGCCGAUGGCAAAUCUUCUAUUGUGGCAGAAAAAGCUGCAUUUCGUUCGCCCACAAAGCAGGAAUUGAUUGAAUUUCGCAAAGUAAUCGAGUCUGGCGAUUAUGAGCGCGUAAAAAGCAUGAUUUGGGAUAAUCCGCGUUAUUUAGUAAGUGCUGGCGACACACCGACCACUUUGAAAGAGGGUUACCGCUAUAAUGCUAUGCACAUUUGUGCCAUUUCAAAGAAGCCUCGCAUUGCUGAAUUGAUUUUGAAGACAGUGAGCGACACGAAGUUCGUGGACUUGCUUACGGGAAAGAAAAAUGAUGAAAAAAUGUGCAAGGAGUUGUGUGUGAAUUUAUUGGAUUAUUACUUGAAUAUACCGGAAAAGGGGCGUAGCGAAACACCAUUGCAUUUUGCGGCGAAAAACGGUGCCCUUGAGAUGGUGGAGGUGUUGACCUCAUUCCCAGAGUGUAAAAUGACGCCCAACUCCGAGGGCCUGUAUCCGAAAGAUAUCAUAUGUUCCCGAGUUUCGAGUCCACCUCCCGAAUUGGCUAAAAAGAUUGAAAUACUCCUAGAAGAGCGCUUUUACGUGCCCGUUCUGCGUUCUGUGGACACUGCUAUACCGCCAAAAAUUGGGCAACCAUUUUCCUCCAGCAAACCACCGAAUCUCAACUGUGAUCCACUCAGCGCUGAAGUGAAAAUCGAAGCUUUGGCCGGCCCCAUGAACAAGGAGCAAGCUCAUCAAUUUUGUCGUCGUUGGAAAACGCCUCCACGACUUGGCAGCAACACGUCUUCGCCGGUUGCCUACAAUUUGUUCAUUUCACCAGUUAAAUCGCGUUGCACCAAUAGUACACCAUCCAAAACGUCACUCCAUAACAUAAGUAACGGUAGUCCAACUAUCGGCACACCAAUCAUGCAAGCGAAGCGACGCACAUUAUUUAACUCCACUCCACAACGUUCAAGUUGUGAGAAAAUGGCCGGAAAUGGUGUCGAAGAGGAUGAAUCGUCGGUUGCCGAUAAACAAAAUGGCAAUCAUGAAGCGGAUGAGAAAACCGACGAAAUGGAAAAGGCCACUAACUCGACACCAGUGAUCGAAAAUGAAACCAACAAUAAUAGUCACGAACAAUUAACUUCGAAAGUCACGGAUUUAAAAAUUUUGAAAAAUAUAACAUCACAAAAUACGCCAGUGUUACAUAUGAAACGUGAAUUGUUUUUUACGUAUCGCGAUCCAAAUCCGACCACUCCAGUAACACGCAAUGCCCUCGAAGCCAAUGAAUCGUCUAAUGAAUCUUUGAUUGAAGAUCUAGACCUUAGCGCAAGUGCCGUAAGCAAUGAAAAUCAGCACUCGGAGCAGCAGCGUGCACUCAAAUUGAGAGGUAGCAUGCUGAAGACUGCGCUGUGCCGAACGAUGCCAUCGCUUAAAGAUAAUUUUAACACUUAUCGCAAUUGCAGUGUGGUUUCAACGCCAGACUCGGACUGUUGCAAUGAAUCGCGAAAUAUUUUGCCAAAUGAACCCGAAUUCUAUGACAGCCCGGGAUUCAAAGAGCGUCACAUCAAAAUAACGGAUACAGAGAAGGGAUUAGAAUUGAUUGGGCGUGAAUUGGCAAAGGAGCACAAUGUGGAAUGGCGUGAAUAUUGGGACUUUCUAAAUACAUUCGUCAAUAUUGCAUCCGAUGAAGGUUUGAGCAAACUCGAAAACUACUUCGCACAGCGUCUAAAAGAGGAGGAAAUGACAAAGAAAACGGCACACGCCAUGGCCAAAUCGGCGGUAAUCUUAGAUAACGUCUGCAAUGCGCUGGAAAAGUUACACUUUCCAGAAAAUGGCAGCUUGCAGGAUUUUCGAAAUGGUUUCAAUAAUGAACGAUCGCGCUUCGCAAACAUAACAGGCACCGGUGAAGCGACUACAACCGCUCCACAAUCCACAACACCCUACACGUGUGUUGAAAAGUCGGUACAAGUAUUUGCCAAACGGAUGACAAAAACAAUUAUUCAUAACAUUGAUAAUGUGGUGUCGAUCAACGACACCCUUUUGUCCGAGUUGAAAAGACUGAAAUCGUUAAUAUGUAGUUUUAAAGAAGAUACGCGUUUCCUUAAUGUUAAUUUCGCAAAAGUACAUUCAAGAAUUGGUAAUUUAAUUUCAAUUUAUUUGGCAAACUCACAAGAAGUAACGUCUGCUAUGAAAUUAAAGAUUCAGGGGAUUAUUAAGCACAUGCUGGCACCUGGCGAACGCCGUGAGCACAUCGAAUGCGUGUGCUGGCGAAUACUUAAUAUGUUGGAAUCUCCAACUGAUCAAAUACUGCCCGAACAACUUAAAACCGAAGAAAUGUGUUCGAAUGUAUGGGGAAAGGAGCUCGAGUGCGAGUGCCAAUGGGAAACUAAUCUGAGCCGCAAAACAAGUCGAAGAAAUCGUAUGGAGGCACGCUAUCGUAGUCAUCAGCAAGCUAGACAACAACACCAACAAGAUUUGCAAAAAACUAAUUUGAGAAAUAUGGAUGGUGGGAUUGAGUGGCGUGAUCCUUUGCCGUGCAAUGAUUCAGAUACUAUUUCACAUAAUGCAAUAAAAGCAAAGGAACAGUGGCGUGAUCCCAUCGAUUGCAAUGAGGGCGGUGAACGAUGGCGCGAUGUUAAUAUACGUGAUGAAUCAUCAGACAAUGAUGUAUUUUGGUCCGAUUUUGGAGAUACUGAUUCAGACAAUGAAGAGGAAGUGUGGGCAACGCCACCCGAGAGUCCUUCGCACUGGAGCUUACUAGAAGAGGAAACAUGCAAGAUAUUUAUCUAUGGUAAUGAGCCGACUAAACGCGAUGUGGACGUAUUGAAUGCCAUUCUGCACAUUGAAAUCGAUAAAUCAAAAUAUGCCAACAUAUACUCCUGGAAAACUACAAUGCUACGCUAUCCUAAAGAGGAAAUGGAUGCUUUCCCAUCGCUGGCCAUUGUGAAUAAAUCGCAUUCGCUUACAUCAUCACGUACACCGCAACGCAAAGAGUUACCGGUAACUCCAUAUCCUCAUCGACAGCCCACAUCAAAAGGUGCCUCAAGCACACCCAUCACAGUCAAGUUAACAGGAUCAGCGGCAGUGCCGUCGCCACAUUUACAUACCACAAUCAACAAACAACGUGAACUGCCAACAACAGCGAAGCGACUCUUCGCGCGUCAAACGCUGUCAAAUCUAUUGGCGCCCUUCCACAGUAGCAAUACCCACUAACAACUGUUUUCUUAUGGUUUUACGCUGAUCUGCAGGCAAAGGUUGCUUGAUUGGAAUGCGCCUUUGCGAGUGCUGUUGGUCAACUUUCUCACACGACUUUCAAAUAUUAAUUUAAAAAUUCAUUGCUGAAGCAAAAACUUUCAAAUAUUUAACGUACAUUUGUAUUAUUAUAUUUUUUUUUAAUUUUUUGGCUGUAAACAAACUUAUUUCAUUUGGAAUUUAGUUAAGAAUCUCUAUGCGCAUUUUUAAAGCAUAGAAAUGCAUUUCAUCCUGCGUUAAUUUUAAUAUGUUUUGUGCACGUUUUUUUUUUUUAUUGAGAUUUUGUGUUGGUGUUAAUCAAAUUAAUUACGAGGACCAUGAAAGAUAUGUGAAUAAAUUUUAACAAUGAAAUGUUCUUCGUAUUUACACACAUCGUUACGUGCAUAUGCUUUAUUUUAUUGUACUAUCUUACCUAUGAAUUUAUAGUAUUAAAAACAAAAAAUAUGUUGCUGCCCGCUUAAUUGUUUGCGAAAAUAAAUAAUGUGCAACAAAGUUUA